AUGGGACCCGUCUACUUGACUGACCCGCUGCCAGAAUCCGUCAACCCGUCCGACCGUCAGUCAAUCAUUGACGGGCUGCUGACAGAUCCCCGUGAAACCAAACUACCCCCGGGGCUGCAAGUACCGAAGCGGGACACGCUGCCGAUCGUGACGGACCCGACAUACGUGGACUCGAUAGUAGCAGCAGCGGAGGAGCCUGUAGAAGACUUUAUAGCGGAGGAGGAGGGAGGAGAGGGAGGGGGAGGGGCAGGGGGAGCGGGAGGGGGAGGGGAAGGGGGGAGGGGGAGGGUGACGACGAAGGGAGUGACUCCCAAGGGAGCGCCCGUCUACUUGCACAGCUCCCAGAUUGCGCCGAUGAUGGAGCUCAAGGCCGUGUGGGGGAAGACGGCGGAUCUGUCCACGUGGGUGGCCACCAAUCCGUGCUCCACGUGGCAGCUCGUGCAGUGCUGGACGAACGGCUACAUCCGUCGCAUGGAGAUGAGUUACCAGGAGCUCUUCGCCACGCUGCCCUCCGCCAUCGGCGCGCUUACCCAGAUGGAGGAAUUCUUCGCGGUGAAGAAUUGGAUCUACGGCGAUAUUCCCGACUCCUUCAGCAACCUCGUCAACCUCAAGAACCUGCAGCUGUAUCAGAACUUUCUCAACGGCACCAUCCCUGCUUCCAUGGGGCGCAUGACCAGCCUGUACCAGCUCUAUGUGUCCAGCAACCUGCUCAACUCCUCCUCGUCUUGUCCUCUCAUCCCCCCGCCCACACCCCCUCCUUUCCCCCUCCCCAUCCGCCCUUCCGCCCUCCUCACCCGCCCGCCCUCCGUGCAUGGCAGCUAUGUACCCAGCAACCUGCUCAACUCCACCUUCCCAACGGUCGUCUGCACCAUGACCAACCUGCGCCAGCUGUCACCGCCUGAGCGCCAAUCGCUUCACAGGGCCCGUGUCGAGCUGCCUCGGUCUAGAACCCCUCCCCCCCACCUCUCCCCCGCUUCCCCCACCCCCUCUUCCAGCCGCCUGAGCGCCAAUCGCUUCACAGGGCCCGUGUCGAGCUGCCUCGGCCGGCUCAAGAACCUCAACUACAUAGUGAUUUCCACCUUCCAUGGUGCCUGCCACGCGUCAACCCACGACUCUCGCCCCCCCUGGCAUACCUACCUGUGUCCUCCCUCCGCUCCUCCCCUACUCCGCUCCUCCCCUCCUCCGCUCCUCCCCUCCUCCGCUCCUCCCCUCCUCCCCUUCCCUCUCCUUAUCAGGUACACAGACACGAACAAGUUUGACGGUGUGCUGCCGUCCAGCAUCGGCACCAUCAUGCCGCUCACCAACCUGUACGUGCGCAUGGGCGUGCUGCAUGGGCGUGCUGCAUGGGCGUGCUGCAUGGGCGUGCUGCAUGGGCGUGCUGCAUGGGCGUGCUGCAUGGGCGUGCUGCAUGGGCGUGCUGCAUGCACACAUGCACAUUGGCACAGACGCACGUGUGCAUUGGCACAGACGCACAUGUGCAUUGGCACAGACGCACAUGCACAUUGGCACAGACGCACAUGCACAUUGGCACAGACGCACAUGUGCAUUGGCACAGACGCACAUGCACAUUGGCACAGACGCACAUGUGCAUUGGCACAGACGCACAUGCACAUUGGCACAGACGCACAUGUGCAUUGGCACAGACGCACAUGUGCAUUGGCACAGACGCACAUGCACAUUGGCACAGACGCACAUGUGCAUUGGCACAGACGCACAUGCACAUUGGCACAGACGCACAUGCACAUUGGCACAGACGCACAUGUGCAUUGGCACAGACGCACAUGCACAUUGGCACAGACGCACAUGUGCAUUGGCACAGACGCACAUGCACAUUGGCACAGACGCACAUGUGCAUUGGCACAGACGCACAUGCACAUUGGCACAGACGCACAUGCACAUUGGCACAGACGCACAUGUGCAUUGGCACAGACGCACAUGUGCAUUUAUACUUGCAAGUUCACCAGCCUGCCAUCCAGCAUCGGCACCAUCAUGCCGCUCACCAACCUGUACGUGGCAUGGGGGGGGUUCGGGCAUUUUGAGGCGCCUCAAAAUACACCUCACUGUACGUGGCGUGGGGGGGGGUUCGGGCAUUUGCACAUGGCCAUGUGCUGUACGGGGGGGGGCAUGCCUCCCACCAUGCCUCCCACCAUGCCUCCCACCAUGCCUCCCACCAUGCCUCCCACCAUGCCUCCCACCAUGCCUCCCACCUUGCCUCCCACCAUGCCUCCCACCAUGCCUCCCACCAUGCCUCCCACCAUGCCUCCCACCAUGCCUGCCUAUCACCAUGCCUCCCACCAUGCCUCCCACCAUGCCUCCCACCAUGCCUCCCACCAUGCCUCCCACCAUGCCUCCCACCAUGCCUCCCACCAUGCCUCCCACCAUGCCUCCCACCAUGCCUCCCACCAUGCCUCCCACCAUGCCUCCCACCAUGCCUCCCACCUUGCCUCCCACCAUGCCUCCCACCAUGCCUAUCACCAUGCCUCCCACCAUGCCUCCCACCAUGCCUAUCACCAUGCCUCCCACCAUGCCUCCCACCAUGCCUCCCACCAUGCCUCCCACCAUGCCUCCCACCAUGCCUCCCACCAUGCCUCCCACCAUGCCUCCCACCUUGCCUCCCACCAUGCCUCCCACCAUGCCUAUCACCAUGCCUCCCACCAUGCCUCCCACCAUGCCUCCCACCAUGCCUAUCACCAUGCCUCCCACCAUGCCUCCCACCAUGCCUAUCACCAUGCCUCCCACCAUGCCUCCCACCAUGCCUAUCACCAUGCCUCCCACCAUGCCUAUCACCAUGCCUCCCACCAUGCCUCCCACCAUGCCUCCCACCAUGCCUCCCACCAUGCCUAUCACCAUGCCUCCCACCAUAAGUUCAUCAAUCAGAACAGCUUCAUCGGUCCGCUCCCCAUCGCCCUCACGCGUCUCACCAACCUCAACAUCCUCUUCUUCAGCAGCAACCCCUAUCUGGAAAGCACUCUGCCUGCCAACCUGGGCAACAUGAAGAGCCUCACCGACCUGGUGGCAGAGUUUGUGCCCUUGAAUGGCACCAUUCCUGCAACCAUCUCCAAGCUCACCAAACUCUCACGCAUUCUGUUGGACAACGGCCAGCUCACAGGCACCAUCCCGGACGGCAUCAGCCGUCUCAAAGAGCUCACCGUGCUCUACCUCGAGAGCAACGAUCUCUACGGCUCCCUUCCUCGAGGCAUCCUCUCUCUGCCCAAACUAAACCUUCUCAACCUGCACGACAACAUGCUGUCCGGUCCUCUACCAACCGGCUUCAAGAACGGAACAAUCCUUUCAGCCGGCCAAUACAACCUCCACCACAACUUCUUCUACGGCCCUGCCUCCGUCACUGCCGGCGGCGUCACCUCCUGUCCUCAAGACCAGACCCGCCGAGGCAUCUUCUACCAGUCUUCCAUUACAUACAACUGCCUCACAUACUCCAACACGUCCGCGUGCUACCAGGCCGGGAGGGUGCAGACCCAGGUUGCUGCCAGCACGUGCAAGAGGUUUUGCAACGCAGGGGAGAACCCGUGCGGGGGGCACGGGGCAUGCUGGUUUGCCAAGGGGGUGGACCCGAACUGUUUGUGUGACGCGGGGUAUGUGCAGACAGCUGACAAGCAGUCGUGCGUGAAGAAACCCAAGGUGGGGCGGAAGAAGAAGUGA